AUGGCGUCAAAUCCCUUAACCCUCGUGCGAAGUGAGACCAAUCUGCCGGAUGUGCCCACCAUCAAGGAUGAUGAUUCCUUCGCCGAGAUCUCUAAGAAGCUAGCGCUCUACAUCAUUGAGGCUGUCGACUCGCCUUUGAGUUGGGAGGACUUGCGUAGCAGCAAGCACCUCCAGCCUCUCCAGCCUCUCAUUGACUACCUGUCCACUGAGUGCCACCACAAUGCCAUCGUCGCCGCUCUGGUGGCCCUGAAGGGCCACUUCAAGGCUCUCGAGUCCGACGACGACUGUGGUGUCAACGAGUCGCGUGGCUUUGCCAGCGAGCUGGUAGCAUGGCAGUUCGUUCUGACCCUGUCGAAGCAAGAUGCCCUAGAGUAUCUACUGUUCGAGCUGCGCGACGACGACGACGAAGAUGACGACGACGACGAUGAGGAGAAUGCUCUUCUGACUCGCAGGAACCGCCCCGCGCAUACCAACGGCCGCGUUGCCCACCUCAUCAACGGGCACCGCGACAGCAAUGGCGACGCGAACGGCGACGCCAACAAGCCCAACAACGGCGAGGGCUUCUCCGAGCCGUUCAUGAACCUCAACACCCUUGAGAUCGCAGCUGUCUCCGGGGCAAAGAAGUUCCUCAGCCAGCGGGCCAUCCAGGACAUCGUGGAUGGUAUCUGGUACGGUAAGAUUGUCUUCUGGAACAGGCUCAAGAUCAAUGCGGCCAAGAAGCCGCGGUUCCACCACAAGAGGACCGAGGACUACUGGUGCCGGCUGCGAGUACCCCGGUAUAUGAAGAUCUUCGAGAUCGGCUUCUUCCUCUGCUUCCUGGGACUGUUCUACAUCGUGUGCCUGGAGCGAGUCAAGGAGUACGUCACCUUCUGGGAAUGCCUCUUCUACGUCUUUACUCUCGGAUUCGUCUUCGACGAGCUUGAUGACUUCAUCGAGUCUGGCAUCUACUUCUACUCCACGGAUAUUUGGUCAAUGUGGGAUAUCGGCAUCGCACUGAUUGGCGUCGCCUUCUUUGUGUUGCGUAUGAUCGGCCUGAGCACUGGCAGCGACACGACGCUGGAGUGGGCGUUCAACAUCUUGGCGCUCCACUCGCUGCUCCUGACGCCGCGUAUCUUCUCCUUGGUCAGCCUGAGCCCUUACUACGGCAGUCUCUUGCCGUGCUUGAAGGAGAUGGGCAAGCAGUUCAUCCGAUUCCUGGGCUUCACUCUGAUCAUUUACCUCGGAUUCUUCACCACCUUCAUCAUGCUUGCUCUGGGCCACUACCCGCUGGACUCACUGUCCAUCACAAUCCUCAAGUGCUUCUUCGGCGCCGGUGUGCAGGGUUUCGACAUCGCCCAAAAGGUCUCACCAUAUCUUGGACUGCCCGUCAUGGUCAUCUUCGUCUGCCUGACCAACCAGCUUUUGAUCACCUCUAUGAUGGCACACAUCAGCAACAGUCUGCGCCAGGUCCUCGACUCAUCCCGCGAGGAGUACCUUUUUGUGUACUCAGUCUACGUCCUCGAGGCGGUCACUUCAGACAAGAUGACUUAUUUCCAAGCCCCAUUUAACCUGAUCCCAGUGGUCUUGCUGAGGCCGCUCCUCUUUAUUGUUCCCGAUACCACAGCGAGCCAGAUUCGCAUCAUGCUGCUUAAAGCAACUCACGCCCCUUUCCUCGGCGCUAUCUGGUUGUUCGAGCACUGGGAAGUCCUUGCGUUGAGGCGCGAGGAGGAGGAGCGUGCUGUAAUGGGUCUUGACCUUGACGUUACCGACAACACGACUUCAACCACCGCCAGCUCCCAACCUCAGGCUCUCAAGAGCAAGACAAACACCUCGUCAUCAAGCAAGAAGCACAGCCUCACCAAGACCGGCAAGGUCAAGAUUCCCGCGGCGCUGCUUGCCCAGGCAUCCAGGAGGCCAUCCAAGAAGGUUGGAGCUAGGCAAGACACAAACGGGAGGGUCCCGCCGACUGCCACCUUGACGGGAACCAACGGGGCUGCGGUCGCCGCACCACCACCACCUGCACCACCGGGACCGGCACCGGAGGCGCCAAACGCUGUUCCUGAGGCCGGGGCAGCGCAGCCCGCACAGGCCCUGGGCACGGCUGAUGUGGGUGAGAUGAUGCGCUUGUUGAAGGAGCUGAGUGUCCAGGUUGAGGAGGUCAGGUCCGCUCUAGUGAAGCACGACAACGGUCCGUCCGAGUAG